GUAGAACCGACUGAAUGUCAUGUUCUCCAAGACUUGAGUUAGAUUUGAGUACAUGAAUACUAUAGUACUAGUGUCAAUAAUGCAGAUAUCAUAGACACUGGCCAUAACGGUUUUCGGUACAAUAGCUGUACAGUACCUUAUCUACACUCGUGACUGGAUGAAUUACUGGUAGAUCUCGUGUGUGUGCUGUAAGGUAGUCUAAACAAGUAACCAAGGAAAUCAAGACAAGUAGUGGACCUUAGACAAGUGAAUGUCGUGGUUUGUUUUCAUUUCUACUGCUGAAAUGGUCUACAAGAAUAAAGAAAGCUGAUUCCAAGCGAAGAUAGAAAAGAUGAUUUACUAAGAAAAUUCCCCAAGAAGAAGAAAAAGGAAUCAAGAAUUGUGGGCAAUUUGUGCGAGAGUUUGCGAGAACUUGUGUACUCAUUGCAGCAAGUAAUAAAUUCAAAUUUCAUGAACUCCAGUGCUCUUGACAAAUAAAUGUUUGUUCACUCUUGACAUAAAUGGCAGCCUCAGUCAAGGAGAAAAAUAUGCCAGCCAUUUCGUCGAAUCUAUACGGUGGAUUGCAGAAAUGGGUCAACCGGGCAAGUCUAUCUAUACGCGAACGCAAGAGAAGUCGCCGCAACUCUGAUGUAUCUCAAACAAUGUACAAGCCUAAUCCGCCGGAUAUGAACGAUCGUCAAAACUGCCAGACUAAGAUAGUACCAGUCCAUGUUAGAUCAAGAAGUACUCCAGUUGUGAUGCCUGAUUCUGAAAACUACUUGCAUACAAUCGAUCAAAGCUGUAGGAAAACAUCCGAGGAAGCAAAGAAGAUGAAUUUGCAGCAAGAAGUUCUUUUGGAGCCAAGGCGGAGGCGAGCGUCUAGAGAUGAAACGAGUAGGCCACAGAGAGAGAAAAAUACCGUUGGAAGUGCCGGAACCUUAAGAAGAAGUUGCAGCAAGUCUGAGAGUUCAUUGAUUGAAAUAAUUCAGAACUCUGAGACAUUGAGGUCAAAAUCAAAACCUACUCCUUCAAAAUGUCGUGUAACGAGAACAAACAGCCAAGAUACUGAAGGAAGUGUAGAAAGCUACCCAUCUGAUGUGGACAUUAAUUACAAUAUUCAUAACAACUCAAGGAGCUCUCAAGCUUCAAGCAAAGCAAACAAUCGAGCGAGAGCUCAGACAUUGGGCGCUAAAAUCGAUUCUAAUGGAGCUAAUAGACUCAAUGAGAAGUUAAAAACAUCAAGCAGUCAUGAUAAGGUUGUUAGAGAUGUUAAAGCACGUCUUGACAGGUGGGUUGACAAAACCGCGGGAUUUCAUGAUUCAAGACAAGGGAGCUUUGAAUCUACAAGUUCGAGUGACGACCUAUCUGAUAUACUUGCAUUAAGAAGAGACAACCGAAUGAUAUCAAACGAGACGAGAGAGAUGCGUGAACUUCAAAAUGCUUUGGAAGAACUUGUCUCAAGCUGUGGCGGACGCAGCUCCCGAAAGAGUUCAGACGAAGAAUUUCAAACAGGAGAGUCAAUCGAGGCUACAAAUACGCGAGCAAGUCGAAAAGUGUCGCUGAAAUAUACGGGGUCAGUGUUUGGUAGACCUGUUGAUAUAGAUUGCAAUUGUUCUCAAAGCGUGCGACAAAAUGAGUAUCGUUUAAAAAAGUGUGGAUCUUCAAGCGGCAGUGCUGGCUCAGGGAGCUCCAAACAUUAUGAAACGAACAGUGAACUGGAAGAGAGUUAUGAUAGCGUCGAUGGAAAAUCAGCAGAAACCGAAGAUUUAUGUUGUAAUUGGACGGCAGAGAGUUGCAAAACGAAGGAUGCUAUGAACUGUGACAAUAAUAUUGGACGUGUAUCGGCUGAGGAGACGUGUGCGGUUUCGACGACUCCAGAACUUAAUCUGGAAUCGGAAAUGGGUAAUGAAGGGAAUCAUGUUUAUUCUUUGGAGUCAACGAGUCAAAAUGAAGGUGAAGGUGAAUGUCAACAGGGGAAUCAACAGUCUAAAUAUUAUGAUAAAAAAGACAAUAGUUCUUUUCCAAACGAGACAAAACAGACUGAAAAUAUAAAACUAUUUCCUAAACAAAACCACCCAGUUGUUGGGAUAAAGGAAGAAAUUGAAGAUGCUGUUAAAAUGAAAGAGCCAAGGUCCAUGAAGAGUUACCGCACCCCUAAACCACCAACAGCGAAGGAUUCACAGGAGAGCAAGAGUAAAAAAUCUAAUGGUACAUUCAAAGACAUUUCCCUUGAUGCGUUUGCUGCGGAAUGUCUACGACAAGCUGAUCAAAAGAAAAAGAAAACAAAAGAAAGAGAAAGUAAAAGCGAUAGUGAAGAAGAAAAAAGUGGCCUAAAAAUUGACUUUGUCUACAUAAAAAAGGACGAAAACGAGAAAGUACUCCCACAAUCCUAUCAUGAACAAGUAGUACGCAGGAAGGCAGCAACUCACCCAAAAACAGCCUUUGACGAAGACCAUUUAGCCUACAUAACUUUGUCGGAUAAUGAAUUAGAAAGAAAUGAUUUAAGAACUCGCGAAAAAAGAAAUUCGGCUGAUAGUUUAGAUGGCAAGGUCUUGUUUGAUUUACCUCCGCAGUACUUCACGGACUCCAAAAAUGAAGAUGAUCAUUCCAGCGAUGGCUUGCAAACUGAAGAAGAACUAGUAACAAAUACUAUGGAAAAAGGAAUGCGUAAGUUCCCCUCCAUGCCCUUAUUCUACGUCCCAAAAGAAUUCGAUCACAGUGGAGAAUUUAAGAGAAUUAAAUCUGCCUCGAUACGAAAGUCCUUAUGGAAGCGGAUUAAAAGUUUACCUCGGCAAACCGUUGAAAACCGCGCCAACCAUCCAAUCAAAUCAUCCAAAAGGAAAGAAGAAGACAGCUCAUUGGCGCAGGCGCAGUUCAUCGACCCCUUCUACCACGGAGAAAAAGAAGAACAAGAUCAACUAGAGCCUACCUUUAGGACCAAGGCCUGGACUUUAAGUGGUACAAAAAUAAGCCAACCGGUCUCACAGACUCGUCCUUCUCUUGCAACAAGACGAAGUGCACCAGUGAUGAAGGUGGGGGCAACUGAGAGGGAACCAGGAAAACUGAAUGAAUAUGUUAUGAUUAGUCCAAAAAAAGACGACGAAUCACAGUGUUAAAAGUGAAGUUGCCGCAUGAAAGAAUAAAUUUGAACUCUAAAUAACUAAAAGGUGUGAUUACACGGAGCAAUUUUCUCUGCAACUUGUCUCGCAACAGCGUUGCGACACAAGUUGCAUGAGGGUUUACAUCGAUGACUCAUCGCCUUGAAACAAAAUUAUAAAAAAUUUUGUAUAGACGGAUUAUAAGCUUCCAUUAAUCAUAUUUUAUAUGAGAGACCUAGACUUAAAGCCAAAAACUAAGGAAUAUAAAUAUAGGAUAGUUUAUGCUUAUUGAAAGAAAAUAGUAAAAACAAAAAAGGAAAGUGGAAACAAUUAAGCAGCAAAAUAAUUUGUUCUCUCAGCCUUUUUUGCUGUAAAAAUACAUUUUCGUCUUGUAUCAAAGAUAUAUUUUAUUGCAUAGCUCGUAAAACCAUGUAAAUAUGCAUAUGAUAUAAUUAUUCCUAAGCCUCUUAUUGGUUGAUCUUGACUUUCUUGUCAAGGUCAACUAGCAUUUUUUGCCAUUGUUUGAAUCAAACACUUGGUGACAUAUAUUAUGUUGGAAAACUAGACCAAGAAAAGCUGAAUGGGCGGGUAGAUAAGACCUGAGCUUCAAUUCCGUAAACGAAGAUAUUUUUAAACUGUACAUAGAUUAUCGCGCAAAUACUGUAAUACACCGAAUCCAAAUAUGGCGACCAAUUUGAAUAACUAUUGUUCGACACUGACUAGUGACUGACUAGCCUCGCUUUCACGUGGAAACAUAAAAGUGUUUUCACAUGUAUGAGAGGGUUGUCAGUCGGUAGUCAAUGCACGGGAACAAAAGUUAUUCAAAUUGGUCGCCAUAUUUUGAUUCGGUGUAUAAUCAGCAAGAUUAGUUCAGUUCACUGUUCUUCAUAAAUUACAACUUGUCAGAUAAACAGCAUUCUGUAUUAUUUCAAUAAAGAAUAAAGAAAUACUGGUUAGAA